CUUUUUAUUGACUCGCCCGCGACCAAGUGGGUCAUGGAGAACUGACGAAACAAACAACAAACAAAAAAAUGUUUCGGUCAUCUAUACAGUCGGAGAAGAGAAAACGCGCAUCCAUCAAUCAAUAAUAUCCAGGUAAAAGCUAAGGUAGCAACAAGCAUUGCGCACCAUUUUUUCCCGUUGACGAAUUGACAACUACUUAUUAUUGGUUGCGUAUGCAAGCAAAACACACACACAAGGACAUGUGUGCUAUUCGUUUCUUCUUUCUCUCGGGAUGAAUUUACAUGGGAGAAUGGGUCGCGGGAGACUGUCACGUUUUUUCACGUUGGCAGAUCGAUCAGGGUCGAAUCAAGUCGAUGAUGAAAGUUUUCUCUCUCGAGACGAUUCAUUGACUGACGGUGUACACAACUCAAAAAAUGCGAUGAUUAUAAAUUUCGCACGCGGGGUUUUUUUCCGUGCGCUUCAUUCAAUUCGCCCAGUGAAUAUCUCUCACACCUUAACUCACGAUUGCUCUUUUUGUGUGGUGUCGGUCGACGAAAGGUGCACAAGUGCAACGUUCGGCCAUCCUCUGCUGUUGAUGAUGCGGGACCAACCUUGACCAGUUUGGAAGGGGAAAGAAGAAGAAGAAGAAAAAAUGUAUCUAAAAAAGAAAAUUACACACUCGGGUGAGAUCUAUGGCCCUGAAAAGCACUCAACACAUUUCUUCUGAUGCCCCUCUCUUUUCUUUUUUUUGUACCUUUACCUUUACCUUUUUACCUUUACCUUCUUGUUGUGUUGUGACUCUCCCCUGCUGGUGCCAUGUAACGAAUGGAUUAUCCUGACGCAAAGUGAAACAUGGAAGACAAAAGAAGAAGAAGAAGAUUAUUUCUCCAGCCAGCGCAGAGCUUUGCUCGGACGUGUACCUCGGCUCCUGACAUUGAGCCCUUCCGUCCGCAGUAAAUCAUCCCCCCCAAAAAAACACCCAAGAGUGCCCAACCCUGAUUCUUUCUGGUUUGCUGCUGCUGCUGCUGCCGUGCGCUGGCCCGGCGUGAAAAAUGGACUGCUGUCGUGUGUCCAUCGUUAUUAGUCUUGGGUAAUACGUUGGCUAAGACCUUGACUUUCCCAUAACGUGCGCGCUGCUCUCGCGCCCAGUGUUAGAAAAAGAAAAAGAAAUACGAAAAUACAAAAGAAAUAAGGAAGGAAACCGUCGCUCUUUCGGCUAAUUCGGGAGUUGAUGAAUCGCCGUCGUCGUCGGCUGCUGCUGAACUGCUCGUGUAGUAAGAUGGACGUUUACGAGUUAGCGGCCCAUCGGGUUCAUUCAGCGUUAAAGCAGGCGAGGGACGGGCAGGAGCGGCGACCGCCCGGCAAUGUUGUUUCGUUGUCAUGACUGCCGGUCCCUUGUUGAUUUCUAUCAAAAAAGGAACGCGGCGUCGUCGUGAAUUUCACGACUACGUUUCUGUUUCGUCAGGACCGAGCCCCUUUUCUUUGCAUUUGUACUCCCGAGAUUCACACACACACACACAUAGUGUUGCAACUGGCGAAAAAAAAAAAAAGUGAAUCGAUUUCAUCAUGAAGUCGAGGAAGCAGUUGGAAGCGCAGCAGCGCUACAAAAAAGAGCAGGAGGAGAGGCAGCGGAUUAAAAACGAGGAAUUGAGGUUGGAGAUGGAACGUCGGAGGCGAGAGCAGCAAGAAAAGGAGGAACAAGAGGCCCGAAUCAAAAAGGAGCGCCAAAUCCGCGAGGUGCAACUAUGCCGAACGCACUGUGAACGAUCGACAGCUCUCCUGACAACCUGCACAACAGCCCUGGCCAGCUGGUCCGUUCAGCAAUGGCAACUCAAAAAAUUUCACUGGUGCAUGAGAGUCGACGGUCUACCGGAUCCCGGACAUCUCCCGCAGUUAAACGCCUACCGCUAUCGCUGGAUCGAGAAUAGCGAGAACACGGAACCCAGCAUGGAGCGACUUCUUUCCAGAGCGCCAGAACUCAACCAAGUCCUUCACGAUCUCAACGAACUCAUCGAAAACACCCACGAUGUCCCAAUGAAACAAGUCCAACAACUCUGCCUGAUGCACAAGGAAUUGUCAAAGCUCUUGGUUCUAGAGAUUGAAGCCGCCAUCAAGAGCGUUUUAGGCGACGUGGAACGACAUCUACUGCCAGACGAGUCGCUGCUCAACGUCCAGACGUGUUCCAAACUUUUCUCACUGGCCCUGGGUACCGAUACGGCCAAAAACAGUUCCCUGACGCUGCACGAUUUCCCACGACUGGGCGUCAAAUUGGAUUUGCCUCAAAUCAUUUUGACAAAUAUGAAGCCGGUAGUGGCUUCAUUCGUUUGGUUUAAGGAGGGCCACUUUUUGGAACCUCCACAAUUAAAUGGCGUCCCCAGUCUACCAACUCUCCUCCAUCCUCUUAGCCCGGACGAUCCGCUUUACAACUUCGUCCCUGAAUCCAUGCGAGAACCUCAGCAGGAGGAUGUCCAUUUAGUGAGGGCCGACCAGGAGCAGCCUUCGGCAAAUGACGUCAAACCGGACGACUUCACUCUGGAUUUUGAUAGCCACCUGUUAGUGAUGGGUGUACUCCAGCUGCAGUUGCUUCAGCUGCCCAUACAACCACGUCGCUUCUCCGAAUGGACAGUCGCUCUCCUCGAGGAUGGAGACAUGAUCAAAAUUUACGAGUUUCAUGCGUGUUUCAACGAAACGGCGGCGGCCAAAGAGGCCGAAAAGGCCGGCAAAAGGGGCAAAAAUGAUGACGAUGACGAACCAGGAGAUGGCAAAGAAGCCAAUGAAGAACUCCGGAAACUCAUCAGCUUCAAAAUCAAAUUACCUCCGUCGGCGUUUUGGCUCGGCUGUCCACGUCCGGUCAUUUAUCAAAAAGAUUCCGGAACAUGGAAAAGCAAAGGUGUUUGGGAUGUCCGCUUCUUCGAGGAAAUUGGAGGCCCUACAGUGCAAUUUCGCCUGGAAGAACCGGCCAUCAUGGCGUUUGCUCAGGCCAAGCGCGUCAACUUGCCUCUGCAAGGCUGGACUCUCGUCCCCAGUCACAUGAGAAGUUCAAUCAUCAAUUCCUUGGUCAGCAAAGCUCCCGUGGAAGCGGCCAAAGGGACGGCCGUCAACGAAACCCGCGGUGCUGGCGGUGGUGGUGGCGGCGGCGGCGGAGAUGGAGGCGGAGGAGAAGAUUGGAGUGACGAUGAAGGUUCUGAUGAUGAAGAAGGUGGAGGGCGUGGUGGCGGAGCCGCUGUGGUUGAAGAAGCCGCAGACGAGCCGGACGAAAUCGAAUACGAUCCGGAAGCCAAUUCAAUCACCCUGACACUCAACGGCACCAUAGUGUCAGUGGACAUUGAAAUCCAGGAACACCAAGUGCUGUUGCGUCGCGUCAGAACAUCGAUCUGUGUAAACAUUCAAGACUUGACGAACAGGCCGAUGACUCCAUUCGAGCUGAUCAAAUCGCUGAGACGCCGUGGCCUGGAGAUUUCGCCCAGCUACAAAGUCAGCGCCAUGGUCGACGAGCUGGCCAAAAACAAGAACCGCACAGUCGAGAAACAUCUCUACCGCUGCGUGGCACUGCUGGCCGCUUCGGAGAAAUUCUCCUUCCUGCACAGUCGCUGGAACCAAUUGGCCGGCGAUGAAAAUUUCGUUCUCCAAUAUCAAAAACUGGAAAAAGAAACAAUGAGUCCGCCGGCGCUGGCCCAAAUCUCCUUCGACCGGACACGACUUUUGCCCUUCAACGAGAGCAGCUUAUCUCUAGAGCAGCAGGAAAACGUUAAAGAAGCCGAACCGCAGUUUUACGCCGAUUUGCUCAAUGCUCUGUUUGAAACGUCGCCUGUUGAAUUACGCAACGAAAUUCUCGAGCCGUCGCCGGACUUUGUGGAGACCAUCUACACCAUGUUGGCGGCAACAAGACCCAUUUCAAACGCUUAAAUUUCACGACAUUUGUCAAAUAGAUGAACAACUAAACGCUGAA